AUGGCUGCUGGAACAGAGCAUGAAGAACUGAAACAAGUAGAGUAUCUUGAUGUUCUCACCAAAACUGGUGAAAAAACUGGCAUCUCAAAGCCCAGGGGAGACAUUCAUAGAGAUGGGGACUACCACCGAGCUGUUCAUGUCUGGAUCUAUGCUGAGCGUACUCAAGAAUUACUCGUCCAACGGCGUGCUGACUGCAAGGAUUCAUGGCCUGGUUUGUGGGAUAUAUCUAGUGCUGGUCACAUAUCCGCUGGAGAUUCUUCCCUCAUUUCUGCAAUGAGGGAGCUUCAUGAAGAACUCGGUAUAGCUCUUCCUAUGGAUGCCUUCGAGUUGAUAUUUGUUUUCCUUCAAGAAUGUGUUACAAAUGAUGGCACAUUUAUCAACAAUGAGUACAAUGAUGUAUAUCUUGUCACAACACUGGAUCCAAUUCCCUUGGAGGCUUUUACUCUUCAGGAAUCAGAAGUUUCAGCUGUCAAAUAUAUCUCCUUUGAGGAGUAUAGAAAUUUGCUUGCUAAUGAAGAUCCUGAGUAUGUGCCCUAUGAUGUUAAUGGUGAAUAUGGCCAACUAUUCGAAACAAUUAGGAAAAGGUACAAAGAAAAUUUGGAAAGCCGUUGUUUAAGUUUAGAAAAGCAGCUAAGCCGCUAUGCUCAAGUCUCUCUUAGUUCAGAGUUAACAGUACUUACAGAUGGAGACAAGGAAGCCCUGACACUACUCAUUAGAGCUGCAACAAUCUUGGAUGAUAUUUUUCAUCUUCAGGUUUGGUUCAGCAAUCCAUCUUUACGAGAUUGGCUAAAGCAGCAUGCUGAAGGAUCUAAACUGGACAAGCUGAAGUGGAAGUACUACCAAGUCAACAAAAGCCCAUGGUCUUGCUUGGAUGAAAAUCAGGCUUUUCUGACUACUGCUGACUCUGCAAUCAGAUUGCUUCCUCUUGCUGCAAAGCCAAUAGCAGGAUGGAAAGGUCUUGAGUAUAAAACGGCAUUCCCUGUUGUAAAACCACAGGGUGCAAGUUUCUAUCCUCCAGAUAUGGACAAAAUGGAAUUUGAAUUAUGGGAAAAAAGUCUUUCAGAGGAUGAAAAGAGGGAAGCAAUGGGUUUUUUCAGUGUCAUUAGAAGGCAUAGUGCAACCCAGUUUGAUGCCUCACAAUCUAACAAUACGACAAUCAACAGAAACUACUCUCAUGAUCUUUAUACUAUCCCAUAUUCAGUGGAGUAUAACUCCUUACUUGGAAAAGCAGCAAACCUAUUGCACAAAGCAGGAGAUUUGGCCACCUCACCUAGUUUAAAAAGGCUUCUGCAUGGAAAGGCUGAUGCCUUUCUUUCAAAUGACUACUAUGAUUCAGAUAUUGCCUGGAUGGAGCUGGACUCAAAGUUGGACCUAACUAUUGGUCCCUACGAAACCUAUGAGGAUGCACUUUUCGGAUACAAGGCAACGUUUGAGGUGUUUAUUGGAGUUCGUGAUGAUAAAGCAACCGAACAAGUCAAACUCUUUGGUGAACAGUUACAGGUGCUGGAGAGGAAUCUUCCAAUGGAUGAUGUUUACAAGUCUGAAGAUGUUAUAACUGCUCCCAUUAGGGUCAUCCAGCUUCUUUAUAAUGCGGGGGAUGUAAAGGGCCCUCAAACUGUUGCAUUUAAUCUUCCAAAUGAUGAGCGCAUUGUAAAAGAUCGAGGAACAUCCAUGGUCAUGCUCAAAAAUGUAUCUGAGGCAAAGUUCAAUCUAAUUCUCCAGCCAAUAGCUGAUGUCUGUAUUUCAAAGGAGCAAAAGAAAUUUGUCGAUUUUGACUCUUUUUUCACGCACACAAUUUGUCAUGAAUGCUGCCAUGGUAUUGGUCCUCACACUAUUGUUCUUCCAGAUGGAAGGAAAUCAACAGUUAGACUGGAGCUGCAAGAGCUUCAUUCAUCACUUGAAGAAGCAAAGGCUGAUAUUGUUGGUCUUUGGUCGCUGAAGUUUUUGAUUGAUAAGGGCUUUCUCCCCAGUAGUCUGGUCAAAUCCAUGUACGUUUCUUUCCUAGCUGGGUGUUUCCGCUCCGUACGUUUUGGGUUAGAGGAGGCUCAUGGGAAAGGGCAGGCGCUGCAGUUUAAUUAUUUGUUUGAGAAAGGUGCCAUUGUUUUGCACCCAGAUGAAACUUUCUCCAUCAAUUUUGAUAAGGUUGAAAGUGCUGUUGAGAGUCUAAGCAGGGAGAUAUUAACCAUACAGGCAAGAGGUGACAAAAGUGCAGCUAGAACACUUCUUCAAACAUAUUGUGUCAUGACUGGACCACUGAAGGAUGCCUUGAGAAAGUUAGAACUCGUUCAGGUGCCUGUGGAUAUAACGCCCGACUUCCCCAUUGCUAAUGAAAUUCUGCAGAGACGCCUUGAAGAUUGA